GGAGAAACCUAGACCCCUACAUACGCCCUCACUGCUUCCUUCAUCCCUACGCGGACUAUUUCUAUACUUCUCAGAGCUUCAAACCUCGUGGCCGGCCUCGGAAGGACGAUAUCCCAGCAGCGGGACCACCGCCUCUCAUCGGAACCCUUGACUCGUGCGCUGACGGUGCGGAAUGGUUGUUUCUCAGGACGCGCUCGACCGUGUCGUUGCCGGCAAUAGAACAUACGCAAAGAAGACGGCCGAGCGGGACCCCGAAUUCUUCAAGACCCUUGCUCAUGGCCAGAGUCCCGAGAUUCUGUGGAUUGGCUGUGCCGACAGUCGUGUGCCCGAAACCACCAUCUGCGACUGCCAGCCUGGCGAUAUCUUCGUCCACCGCAACAUCGCCAACUGCCUCCAUGCCCAGGACCUCAAUGCCUCCAGUGUCAUCGAGUAUGCCACUACCCACCUGAAAGUCAAGAAGAUCGUCGUCUGCGGCCAUACCAUGUGUGGAGGUGCGAAUGCGGCGCUGGGAGACGCCGACUUGGGUGAGGCGCUCAACACAUGGCUGCUGCCAAUAAGAGAGAUACGGCGGAGGAACAAGGCACUGCUGGACACGCUGCCUAGUGACGAUGCCCGAGGCAAUAAGCUAGCCGAACUCAACGUGCAGCACUCCCUCGAAGUCCUCCGGCAAAUACCAACCGUAAAUAAGGCCAUUAGGGACCGUGGCCUCUCCCUCCACGGCUUGAUCUAUGAUAUCGCAGCGGGCGAGUUGACGGCCUUGGAAGAGACCAAGAAGGGCAAUGGGCUAUGGAGUGCUUCUGCUUAGGUGGGUUAUGUUAUGGCGUAAGAGCGUUGUUGGCUAUUGUCAAACUGUUGGAGUUACGUCUUUCGGAGUCACGCGGGUUUGGCGGAUAGUCUCGACUACCAAGGUUUAUGGUCACGAGAGGUUCCAAGGUUCCUAUACUCACGGUUAUUCUUUCUGAGACCCAUCGAUACUCGGAGUUUUCUCGCUUUUUCGCAUACUUUAGUUUUGUCGUGCUAGUGACUC